UAUAUAAUCUUAGACUAAUAGUUUAUAAUUGAUUGAUUUAUAUUACUGAAGCUUUUAAAUAUUAAAAGAGGAAGUCUACAACAUUGUCCUUUAUUAUAGAUGUUCAAUGUGUAAAAAUAAAUGAUUAUCGAAAUAAAAUGUCUCUAAAAGCUUUCUCUAAAAAGCUGAAUAAUUCAAGCCAAGAACAUAGUUCAGAUUGUGUUCCGUUAUUUCAUCCCCAAUAUUCAGUAUCUAGCACUGGUACGAGUAAUUAUAGCACAUCGCCUCUCUUCACUGCAGAUAAUGUCGCUUCUUUUUCACAAAAAAUAAGAGGACAUAUUUCAUCACCACUAAGUGAUAUCGUACACGAUUACGUGUCUUCAGUGGGAACAAGUUAUGGGCACCAUGGGGCAACGAAUUUUAUGUCCAAGAUAUCAAGCAUGUCGGACUUUAUGGACCCCAACAGCCUUAGAACAACUUUUGAACCCUUCAAUGCUUACCUCAAUAUGAAUGCUCUACAGAAUAACAGUGCAAACUUACAAGGUGUGCAAGAGCAGGAUUUCACUCGCUUACUCAUGGUGCCUCCAGCCUCCCUGUUAGCAUCUUGUUCCUUAGUGCAUUUCAUUUGGCUAUGCAUCACAUAUUUAUGUUUUUUGAGUGCUCUUCUUUCUUUUCUUUUUGCUUGGAUGUUAUUUAAGCAACGCAUUCCCUUCGCACUAGUCAAAGUAAAACACAACUGGAAUUAUUCCUUGAAGUCACGUGCAUGUGCUUUUGCAGGUCUUUAUUACCUUUUGGCGUACUUUUUAUUGUUAACCGGUUGUAUUUGGUCGCUACUGUCACGUGCUCGUCGAUGUAUUGAUUAUUUCAGUACAUUUAUUCGACACUCGCGUAUUGUACGAUUUUUGCGAUUCUACCGACGCCGUUUAUUCGGUUCCAACAAUUUGAUUAUAGAAGAAGGUAAUUUUAUACUUGAAAAUAUCCCCCCAAUGUCACGGGAAGCUACCACAAGGACGUCGUUAAGCACCAAAAUUGGGUUGAAGCUACGUGGGCGCUGUCGGAUUCCUUCGAUAUAAUGAGGAUCUAAAUCUUUGAUCUUGUGUCUGUGCUAUGUUUCCCAAUUCAAUGAAGUUCUUUUUCUCAGAAAAUGUAACAGGAUAGUUGGCUUAACUUGAGUAUUAUCUUCCAUUGGUGUGAUGUGAUAUAUUUUAAAAUAUUGUAUUAAAAAAAAAUGCACUAAAAGUAUAAACCUGUUCAUUUAUUCUACCCUCUGGAUGUCUUAAUGCACUACAUGAUAUGUGUAUAUAUUUUAGAAAAAUAUACUCUAUUGAACUCUAUCCUUUUCAGAUUUGCGUUGAAUUUUUUAUCAUCUUUUGCAUAUAUAUAUUUUUGUCAAUGUGUACUUUGUGAUUUGAUU